ACCGGGGGUGGGGUUAUGUGUGGGUGACGUGGCGGCUUCUAGUCUGUGGUCGGAUUUCGGCGGCUACAGCGCUUGGGGAGGAGGCGGUGACCAUCCGGGGGACUGUGGCAGUGGUGGCGGCGGCAGGCGGCAGAGAGGAGUCCGAGGUUAUGCGUCUCAAUGAUCCCGCGGAAACGCUACGGGUCUAAGAACACGGAUCAGGGUGUCUACCUGGGUCUCUCAAAGACACAGGUCCUAUCCCCUGCAACUGCUGGCAGUAGCAGCAGCGACAUCGCCCCUCUGCCCCCCCCAGUGGCCCUGGUCCCUCCCCCUCCCAACACCAUGUCCUGCCGGGAUCGGACCCAGGAGUUCCUGUCUGCCUGCAAGUCCCUGCAGAGCCGUCAGAAUGGAAUCCAGACAAACAAGCCAGCUCUGCGUGCUGUCCGGCAGCGUAGUGAAUUUACCCUCAUGGCCAAGCGCAUUGGGAAAGACCUCAGCAACACAUUUGCCAAGCUGGAGAAGCUGACAAUCUUGGCAAAGCGCAAGUCCCUCUUUGAUGAUAAAGCAGUGGAAAUCGAAGAGCUAACUUACAUCAUCAAACAGGACAUCAAUAGCCUCAACAAACAAAUUGCCCAGCUUCAGGAUUUCGUGAGGGCCAAGGGCAGCCAGAGCGGCCGGCACCUGCAAACCCAUUCCAACACCAUCGUGGUCUCCCUGCAGUCAAAACUGGCCUCGAUGUCCAAUGACUUCAAAUCAGUUUUAGAAGUGAGGACAGAGAACCUGAAGCAGCAGAGGAACCGGCGGGACCAGUUCUCCCGAGCACCCGUGUCAGCUCUGCCCCUGGCCCCCAACCACCUGGGGGGCAGUGCUGUGGUUUUGGGGGCGGAGUCCCGUGCCUCUGGGGAUGUGGCCAUUGACAUGAUGGACUCUCGGACCAGCCAGCAGCUGCAGCUCAUUGAUGAGCAGGAUUCCUACAUCCAGAGCCGGGCAGACACCAUGCAGAACAUCGAGUCCACAAUUGUCGAGCUGGGCUCCAUCUUUCAGCAACUGGCACACAUGGUUAAGGAGCAGGAAGAAACCAUUCAGAGCGUCCUUCUGUUUCCUCUUCUUUCGGCCCUAUCCCUAGGAUCGACGAGAAUGUGCUGGGAGCCCAGCUGGAUGUUGAGGCUGCCCAUUCAGAGAUCCUCAAGUACUUCCAGUCGGUCACCUCGAACCGGUGGCUCAUGGUCAAAAUCUUCCUCAUCCUCAUUGUCUUCUUCAUCAUCUUUGUGGUCUUCCUUGCCUGAACCCUCUCCACUCUGAGGCACUCCGUGGGGGUUUGGAACCCCUUUGGUAGGGCAGGUGGCCAGUGCUGCCACUGAGCCUAUGCAGGGUGCUUGGGAGAAAGGCCCUGUUUCCCUGGAACUGCUGAGAAUGGCCACUGACCCUGACCCCUGACCCUUUGCCUCUGGCCACCCUGUCCUCCCCUCACCGCCCUCAGGCCCUCGAAACACACACGGUUCUGGAUUUGUACUCUGCUGUGAGGUGGCUGGAAGGGAGCAGAAGCCAACCCGGGGGUAGUGGGGGAGGUUGUCUCCACUAGGUAGGAGAUUUUUAGAAACUCCCCAGCCUCUUCCAAAGGAAACUUUGGCAGCAAGGGGAGAUGAUGCCCUUUCCCACCUUCCUGAGAGUGAGGAGAGGAAGUGAAAUUGCCCCCCCCCCCACGCCCCCGGGACCAACUUUCCCAUCUGGGUUAGAAUUUGACCUCUUUCUUCCUCUUUCCACCACGUGAGGCAGGGGGCCCUGAGCCCCUUGGCUGCCUGCACAACCCCAACUUUGGCUGCUGGUGACUCUCAAUCUGCCAAAUGCACUGCAGCCCAUUUUCUCCCAAUUACAGCAAGACUGUCAGCCUCA